ACAGUUUGAAAAGUUGUUUGGCGCAUCUUUCCCGGAGCAGGACGCUUUUCUGCUUGUAUCGGAACGUGAAACAUUGUAAAUAAGUUGUAUUUUACCAGAUUUUAAACUUUCAAUACUCAACGAUCUCAGCAUGGAACACGAGAAACUCACACAGCUUCCGCUCAGCCGGAUACGUACCGUGAUGAAAACUUCCCCGAAUAUAGGCUCAAUCUCACCGGAUGCCCUUCACUUGGUCUGCCGGGCAGCUGAAAUGUUCAUCGAACACAUGAGUAAGAAUGCAUACAAAAAAGGAAACAAGUCACUGGACUACAAGCACCUGGCCAAUUAUGUGGAAUCUCUUGAAUGCAUGGAAUUUCUGGGUCCGAUCCUACCGAAAAAGAUAACCGUUCGGGAGUACAAAAAGGUGAUGGAGAACAAGCGGGAUACGGAUGACGAUAGCAGUAGCAGCAGCGAGGAGGAAAGCGGAAGUGACGAGGAAGAAUCCGGGGAAGAGGGAUCGGAAGAAUCGAGCGAGGAAGACGAGCCGAAGAACAGUGGCACCAAAGAGGAACCGGAAGAUGAUGCCAUUUCCGUCGCCUCGUCCAGCGUCAUUUCAAUCGGAUCGUCCAGUUCCGAUGAGAAGGAAAACUCGAAAAACAUGAGCAACAAAAAAUCACCGCUGAAGCACAAGACUGGGGAUUCGCCCUAGUCGAAUUGUUUUUGAUUUAGAGAGAAAAAAAAACUAAAAAACAAUGCUUGAGUAAGUUUCAGUUUUAUUUAUUGAUUCCUACUACUAAAACGUUCCAAUUAUAAGUUAGCAUAAUAAAAUUGACAGAUUUUUACCUACA